AUGAAUUCGACAAUUGACAGCGAAGCCACGUUCGCUGCCCGGGCCACCGAGCUCGGCAUGGAGCGCGAUCUCUUGGACUUGUUUGUAAAGAACAACGUGAAGACGAUGGGCGCGCUAGCCUUUGUGAGUCCCUAUCAAAUCGGUCAAGCAGAUGAGAAACCGCUUCUUGAAGCCCUCAAAGCCUUGAUAGGGCGCGACUUGACCGCGAAGGAGCUGAUCCCAGUCAGGCGAUUGUGGUUCGAAGCCUCGACCACAGUGAUGGGAGAGCUGAAGCAGAAAGUAGAGAGAAAUGACUCUGCGGAACCAGUUCGUUUAGCCAUCGCUGAAAGAACAACACGUCUGGAUGAGCAGAAAAAGCGCCUUGUGGGCGUGUGCAUCAACAGUGAGUCUGAGCCUUCUCACCGCCUUGUGGAUGUUGUCUUCCAGCAGGGCGCGGAUCAGCAGCUGACGUGGUUGCCUUGGGAGAAAUUGACAAGUCGGGCUCAUGAGUUGACGCAUUCUCGCUCCGACAACGCCAUCCUGUUUGACGCUCAGGGCAACAUGAGGCUGACUAAGAAGAUGCAGGAGAGCCAGUGUACUCUGACAGGUGAGCUCCAAGCUCGACAAGCGCUUCAGAGGCGCGCGUUGGCGUAUGACCUCGCCCGCUUGUGUGACUAUGCUGUCAUGGAAACCUACCAUGAGGAGUUGUUCCAGCUCCUCACUCGGCCUCCACCUCCCAAUGCCCUCUACGUCUCAAUGGGCCAAAUCCGAGAAGCUGAUAAGCACUUAUUCAUCAGGAUCGCAGAGCAAACCCGGGGCUCUCUCACUGCUCGCCCGGAUGGUGCUAAGCCUAUGCAACAGCAGCUCGAGCUUCUCAAGAACCAUCCUCAGGUGCAGUUCUUCUUGAUGCCACCGCAGAAGCCUCUCCGCUACUCUCCUUAUGAUGGCAAAGGGGAGGGCAAGAAGGGAGCUGGAGGCAAGGGAAAAGGGAAAGCAUCGACCGGUGCUCCCGCAGGAGGGGCUGCGCAAGUGGACCUCCCAUCUGGAUGCAGUGCCAAACACAACGGCAAGCCAAUAUGCUUUGCGUACAACAGGGCGACGGCCCUUCUCGACCUUUUCGAGUCGCUGCCUAAUGAGGUUGAGUUUGUUUUCAGUAACAUUGCUGUCUUUGCGAACUUACGGACUGAGAUGCACCUAGAUCCUAAUAAUCUGGAGGGGACUUUGAACUUUGCCAUUGCCCUGUCUUCCUUCGAAAGCGGACAGAUUCGACUUGAAGGCGGGCCGCAGGGUUCUGAGGCCCUCUUGGAUGUCAAGACAGGCGUCUUCUUUGAUGCCCGAACUCGACGCCACGGGACAUGUGACUGGACAGGUCAGCGAGUUGUUCUUGUGGCAUUCAGCCUCAGGGGCUCCGAUCGCCUUUCUGCAAAGCUUUCAACGUCAGAUGCGCCGGCGCAUGUCGCUGCAGCUUCGCCCGACUUUCCUCCUGUGCCUCCGAAUGCUCCUGCCUUUGUUGAGGUGUUCGCUGGCUGUGCUCGCUUGUCAGCUACGUUCGCCCGGGUCGGGUUCAAGGUCAUGCCCUUUGAUGGCCCUCGGAACCCGCAUCAACCUGAGCAUCCUGUGUGCACGCUUGACCUGACAUUGCCGAUCUGCCAACAGAUCUUCUUGAGCCGCCUCGAGAAUUCCAGUGUCUUCUUGAUUCACUUUGGGUUGCCUUGUGGCACAGGAUCGCGUGCCCGUGAGGCGCCACUUCCCCAACAUCUGCGAGCCCGUGGUGCUCCUCAGCCUCGCCCGCUACGAGACCAUGUGCACGUCUUGGGCCUCCCUUCCUUGAGUCCUCAGGAGUCUGCUAGAGUGGAGGCCGCCAACCGACUGGCCGAGUUCGUGGUGCAAGUGCUUGUGCGAGCACAUGAUCGAGGCUGGCGCAUUGUCAUUGAGAACCCCAUUCGUUCUUGGAUGUGGAGUGUUCUAGCCCACUUUGUGCGCGCGCUUGACAAGCCUCGUUUUCGGUCAUGGUACUCCGAGCUGUUCACUUUUGAUUUUGAUCAAUGCUGCUGGGGCGGUCGCCGUCGCAAAACUUCCAGGUUCUUGACCAAUGUGCCCGAGCUUCGCUCCUUGGUGGCUUCUUGUCAAAAUGAUCACCCUCACGAGCCGUACCGCAUCUUCAGAGGUGCGGCCUCUUCUUGGAAAUUCGACACGGCUUCCGAGGCCGAGUAUCCUUUGCCUUUGUGCGAACAGUACGUUCGCCUCCUGUGCCCGCUGGUCAAUGCCCAGCCGCCAACCCUGCCUAGGCCUUUGGUUCGUCAGGUUCAUCGGAAGCCUCCUCUCGUGCCUGAGUACAAAUCCUUCACAAAUGUCCGCCCUGAAAGUGGUGAGUUUCGCGAGCUCGCUUCAGAUCGGGGUGUUGGCGGGAGCGGCUCAACUCAGGGCCCCACGUUUGGAGUUUUUCACUCUAAGGGUGAGUUCCUUGAGAAGGCGCUGGAAGUUGAGCACCCCUUUGAUUCCGCCUUUGCCAUUGACGAUCAGACCAAAAGGAACGUCUUCGAGUUGCUCACCAUGGGUCUCCUGGGCCCUGCUCGCAGGCGGAUGGACACUCAGAAAAAGCUUUCAGCGCUGAAGCGUGAGCUUGCCGUCGAGGAGAAGCGUUAUCACGCCUCCCUUCCGGAGCACGCCCAAAAGGUGCUCAAGGGGAAGAACAUCUUGUUGUGGAAGAGGCUCCUUGAGGAGACCGGUUUCCCAGACAUCACGGUCGCUGAGCUCAUGGAGGGCGUCCCAUUGGUCGGUAGGCCUAGUAAGUCUUCCUUGUAUGGGUGGAAGGAGCAGCCGGCGACCACAACGUUGGAUGAUCUUCUUGUUUCCUCCGUGUGGAGGAACCCUGCGCUGGCGGCGAAGGGCAGAGUUGGGGACGACCCCGUCCUAGCCGAGAAAAUCUGGCAGGCUACACUUUCGGAGGUGGAGAGGGGCUUCAUCUCGGGGCCCUACGAUUCGGAAGAGGACGUUAAGAAGGCCCUUGGAGUUUCUCACAUCUGCUGCAGCCGGCGCUUUGGGGUGAAGCAAGGUGCAGGCGAUGCUUUGAAGUAUCGCCCCAUCGACGAUUUCAAGGAGAGUGCCAUAAAUUCUGCCUACCACGCGGUGGAUCGCUUGCAGCUGCAUGACGUCGACUACUUUGUUUCCUUGAUAAGGUUUCUGGCGAACUCCGUGGACGACUCGGGUGCAGUCAAUGUCGAGCUGUCCGACGGGACAGUGCUGAGUGGGGCUGUGCACAGUGACUUUCGAUCGGGGCGGCGCUGGCUUGGAAGGUGUCUCGAUCUGGAAAAAGCGUAUAAGCAGGUUCCCAUACUGGCCGCCCACUUGCCCCUAGCCGUCAUAAUGGUAUGGGACCCGAACACCAGCCGCAACAGAUAUUUUACCACUUGGAGCAUGCCGUUCGGCGCAUGCGCGGCCGUGUUUGGAUUCAAUCGCAUAUCCAGGUCGCUCUUACAUCUGGCAUCUCACCUUUGUGCUGUCAUAGGAGGCGUGUAUUUUGAUGAUUAUCCUAUGAUUGAGCCUGCUGAGUCUUCUAGGAUGUGCAGCCUCUCGGUGGAAACCCUGCUUGACUCCUUGGGAUGGUCUUAUGCCGUCGGUGACGACAAGGGUCAGCCUUUUGAGGAAACCUUCAACCUCCUUGGCAUGCGGCUGGGCGUUUCUAGAAUCAUGGAUGACAUCCUCGAGCUCGAGAACAAGCCCAGCCGGGUCCAGAAGCUCGUUGAGGCAGCCAGGAGAAUGGCUGCGAGUGGGGUUGUGAGCAAGAGUGACUCUGCAUCUCUUCAUGGCCAACUGAACUUCAUGGUGGGCUUCGCUUCCGGCCGUUCCUUGAAAUUUGCUGCGCGAGCCUUGUCAAACCUUUAUCACUUUCCACGGGAUCAGCCUGACGAGGAGGUGAAGUCCUUGGGCCGCUACCUUGAGUCUGCGCUUUUGAGCUUGGAGCCCAAGGUCAUCAGACUGAGGUCAGGCGGGAGGCCGGUGUCUGUCUUCAGCGACGCCUCUUACGAAGAUGGUGUGGCGGCAUGGGGCAUUGUCCUGGCAGACCCUGUCUCUGGUGAGAGGCUGGUAGCUGGCGGGAUUGUAGAUGAUCGCCUUGUGCAGUUUUGGCUUGAUGAAGGAGUUGAACAGGUCAUUUCACAGGCCGAGGCCUUUGCUUUGGUUCUGGCAAGGAGAGCUUUCAAGGACCACUUGCAGUGCCGCAGAUGCGUGUUUUAUGUCGACAAUGAUGCGGCGCGCUAUGUAUGCAUUAAGGCAAGCAGUCCGAGCCGUACCCUCCUCUCCUUGGCAUGCUCCUUUUACGCCAGUGAGUCUCAUGACGGAGUCAUUUCAUGGCUGGAGCGUGUUCCUUCUGCGAGCAAUAUCGCUGAUCUCCCUAGCAGGGGAGAAUGCGCUGAGGCGGCAAAGCUGAUAGGAGGCAAGAUUGUCGACUGCAGUCAGAUUGCAUCGGACCUGACUUCGGAAAUUUUGUCCGUGGACGAUCUUCCGUGGAGCCUUCUUGCUACGUCCUACAAGGACAAAGCACCUCCGAUCUUCUUGUGA